AUAUAUAGGUGUCUGGGGUGCGAUCCUCCACUGAGAGCUGGGGCUGAGGUUCUCACAGCAGUUCCAUGCUUGACGACACUCGUUGCUGUUGUUCAUAAUUUGACGGCUUUUCGGGUCAUCAGAAAAUCUCGGGAUCACAGAAGCUCAGAGGCAUCCCACAGGAAUUCAUUUUCAGCCGGUCCAAAUGGUUCCGAGUCCUGAAGAUUGUGCCUCGAUGGAGAAUUCCAAGCCCAACGGAAAGUUUCAUCCUGGAUUCACCGUGAAGCAUAUCAGAGAGCCGGUGCUCGUUUCUCCAGCAGAGGACACAAAGAAGGGCCUCUACUUCCUUUCGAACCUUGACCAGAACCUCGCGGUCAUAAUCCGGACUAUCUACUGCUUCAGUGCUGAUAAGGAUGGCAAUGAAAACCGGCGGGACCCAGUAGAAGUCAUCAGGAAUGCCCUCGAGCGGGUCCUCAUCCACUACUACCCGCUCGCUGGGCGCCUCACCAUUAGCCCAGAGGGGAAGCUCAUGGUGGACUGCACCGGCGAAGGGGCGAUCUUCGUCGAGGCCGAGGCAGACUCUGUACUGGAAGACAUCGGGGACAUCACAAAACCCGAACCUGAGACACUCGGGAAGCUAGUCUAUGAUGUCCCCGGAGCCAAGAACAUACUGGAGGUUCCCCCUCUAGUUGCUCAGGUUACCAAGUUCAAGUGCGGUGGAUUCGUGCUUGGAUUGUGUAUGAAUCACUGCAUGUUUGAUGGGAUAGGGGCGAUGGAGUUUGUGAACUCGUGGGGCAAAACAGCCCGUGGCAUGCCCAUGACGACCAUGCCGUUCCUGGACCGUACUAUCCUUAGGUCCAGGGACCCGCCCAAGAUCGAGAAUCUCCACCAGGAAUUCACCGAAAUCGAUGAUUACAAGUCUGAUGCCAGCUGUGGCCUCUUCCAAGGGGAAGGGGAGACCCUGUAUCGGUCCUUCUGCUUCGACCCCGAUAAGCUGGAGAGGCUGAAAGCUAAAGCCACUGAAGACGGGGUUCUGGGAAAGUGCACAACCUUCGAGGCCCUAUCCGGCUUCGUCUGGCAGGCCCGAACAAAGGCCCUCAAUUUCCCCCCAGAGCACAGGGCGAAGCUCCUAUUCGCCGUGGAUGGGCGGGCCAAGUUUGAGCCUCCUCUUCCUAGAGGGUACUUCGGGAAUGGGAUCAUGCUUACCAACUCCAUCUGCCUGGCUGGGGAACUCCUCGAGGGCCCGCUCUCACACGCUAUCGGGCUUGUCCGUGCAGCUAUCAAGAUGGUUACUGAUGGGUACAUGAGAUCAGCAAUUGACUACUUUGAGGUGACACGGGCCCGACCUUCCCUGGCAAGCACGCUGUUGAUCACGACCUGGUCCAGGCUCUCGUUUCAUGGCGCUGAUUUCGGUUGGGGCCAGCCAGUGGUGUCAGGCCCUGUGGCUCUGCCCGAGAAGGAGGUCAUUCUGUUUCUCUCGCACGGGAAAGAGAGGAAGAGCAUCAAUGUGCUUCUCGGGCUACCAGCACCGGCCAUGGAGAUAUUCGAAGAAUUAAUGUUGCAGAUUUAAAAAGAAAACAAGACAGGAGUUGUGUUUGAUAUUUUGUCUGUUGAAUAUCCAUAUUAAUGAUUCUUUCUUUUUUUCUUUUUUCUUUUUUUGGGUUCAAAUGUUAAGUGUCCUGAAUUACGAGUCCGUCUCAUUUCAUUAAUGAAGAAAUUGAGGUGCGUGUGAUGUCCUUACGUAUUUCGUUGCAAA